AUGAAAAGGCGAGCGACUCAUGUCUUAGUCGCAGCCUUAUUGCUGCUGCAUUCUGCUGCAUCUCUGAGCCCUGCAGCAGCAGCAGCAGAACCAGGACACCCCACAGCAGCAGCAGCAGGCACCACUCCUGCUGCUGCUGCUGCUGCUCCUGCUGCUGCUGCUCCUGCUACAGAGCUUGAACUUGCUGCUGCUGACGAGGUGUACGACUUCCCGCUGCACCGUUUAGCCUUUGGCUCUUGUUUCCGUCAGCAGCAAAGAUGGGAGGUAGAAGCACUAGCAGCAGCAGCUGCUGCUGCUGCUGCAGAUCCUGCUGCUGCUCCUUCUGCUGCAGCAGCAGAAGCAGCAGAAGCAGCAGAAAUACGAGAGAAAGUCUUCGAAACAAUUUUAGCUACGAAGCCACAAGGGUGGCUAUGGAUAGGCGACGCAGGAUAUGCAGGUAUGAAUGAUGGUGGUAAGAAUCAAGAAAAUAAAGAAGAAAUUCUUCGCUCUUUUUUAUCUUUUUUAAAUAUUAAACCCCAAAGCCCUAGAUGGACAAGAAAGGGUUUAUAUUCAUCACAUCUAUUCCCUUUGCCGCAGCAGCAGCAGCAGCAGCAGCAGCAGCAGCAGACGCAGACGCAGCAGCAGCAGCAGGAACAGCAGCAGCAGAGAGAAGGGGACCAUCAGCAGCAGAAGCAGCAGCAACAGCAGCAGCAGGAAGAGGGUGUUCGGUUAUAA